CGUCUCUCUCUCUUUGUGUCUUUUAGAUCAUUUUCCUAUAAAAUAAGUUUUACUAAUACUGAUACGAAGUAAAAUAGCUGUUUACUUUAUUUAUUUAUUUAUUUUAUCACCCACUCUAUAUACAUUAAAUGAAACUAUGGAUUAUAAUUUCCUUGAUAAGAAACUCCGUAAAAUUGUAAUGUCCUAAGUAUCCCUUAUUGACUUCCCUGCGUGUAUAUGCUUUUAAACAGAGAGAAGAUCACAAACACAUAAAAAACAGAAGCAUACACAAGUCACCGGGAAUUCUUAUUUUCUUUUUUUAUGGCUGAAAAAUCAAACCAAAAAGAAUCACUAUCCGGUACAAACAACAGAAGUGCACAAGGGGAUGAAUCGUCUGGGGUUGAUAACACACAGUGUCAGAUAAUUAUUGAUGAAAGUAUUGAUAAAGAAGUGAAUGAACGGAUGAAUCUUUCAGUUGCAGGAGCCAGAGAUAGGCGUGUAUUCAAUGUAAGCAAUGAUGAAACAGAUGACGAUAAUGACGUCGAUGACGGUGGAGAUGAUGAGGAUGAAGAGGACUUUCGGGAGUCCCCUGACGAAGACAACGAUGAUGUUGAUGAAGAUGAUGAUGACGAUGAUGACAGCGUCAGUUCGAGUUCUGACUCAAGUGUCGCUAGACUAGUACAAACUGCACGCAAUUUAGUUCAAGUAGAAAAAGCGCAACAAAUGGCACAGUCAACUAGUGGAAAUUUAAAUCUACCUGAUUGUCAACUAACUGACGAAGAAGUCGGAAGUCAGUCUACAGUGCUGAUUAAAAGUGAUACCGAUAUAAAUAGAUCUUCCAGUUCUACAGACAAUAAAACAGCAGUAGUAACCUCAUUUUCCCCAAUAAAUGAUCCCACGGGUACUUCAAAGCCUAUAUCUUCAUCACCGACUACCACUACAGUGAUUAGUGCUAAAGCUGCAGCUACUCUUGGUAUUGAUUUAUCAGAUAAAUCGAUCGGUUUACUAACUAUACCGUAUACAUUGGAAACUAGUCCGCGGUGUAAAAGUAAACCCAAGGAUUACUUUAAAAAGAAAAUCGAUAAAGAGUUUAUCGGUCAACUACAGAGGGGUAAUAAAAGAAACAGUCGAACAAGAGAAUCAAUACACGAAUCACUGGAACGAUUACCUACACUACAAGAUGAUGGUAAGAAGUCUGCCUCAUCAUCCGUGACAUCAUCAGGGCAACAUUUUCAUCACGAUAAAUCCGAGGGUCUGUUGAGGAAUUCAUUUUCACCAGCUGACUUUUCGUCAAUCUCACCUAGACACAGUACUGCCACUAGUGGAGUCAGUGGAAAAAAGAAUAAAAUAGGCUUUCAAUUCUUCCGACCUAAACCAACUGUACAGUCUGGAGCUAAGUUGGUUCAAGUCAAAGAACUGAAACGUAUGAUACGUGCUGGUAAACCGAGCUAUGAACAAAUACACAAUUGGGGUCAUUCAUUUGAAGCCUUACUGAAUGAUAAAUAUGGACUUGCUUUAUUCAAAGAUUUCCUCAGUACUGAAUUCAGUGAUGAGAAUAUUGAAUUUUGGAUUGCCUGUCAAGAUUACAAGCACACAACAAAUCCUAAAAAGUUGGCUAUGAAAGCCAAUCAAAUCUAUACAGAAUUUAUUGCAGUUCAAGCUAAUCGUGAAGUUAAUUUAGACUCUAAAACACGUCUACAAACUGAAGCUGACCUUUCUAAUCCUACAGUUAACACUUUAGAGAAUGCUCAGAAACGCAUACAAGCAUUGAUGGAGAAAGACUCCUAUCGACGUUUCCUUCGAUCAGAAGUUUACUUAACCAUGCUGAAAGAAGCCAGGGAGACAGCAAAAGCAGCGGCUACUGCAGCAUUAGCAGCAUCCCUGCAAGAGGCAACUGAUGAGUUGGAUGAACCAGUCUCUCACUUAGUUCACUCAACCACUUAUACAUCACCAUUCUCAUUUCUAAGCACAUUCGGUAGUACAUUCAGUACACAGAAUACACCGAGUCUAAGUCUACCUGGGGUUGCAGCAGCAGCCGCUAAAGCUGAUGCUGGUAUGAAUAAUAUACAAGAUUUACAGUUGUUAGGCUUAUCCACUUCAAGACAUAUGAGAGACAGUAAACUGAAUCCCGCGACAGGUCAUCGACCUGUCACUCCUACAGCAAUUUCUCCUUCUUCAAAUAGUAUUACUACAUCAACUAGUAGUACAUGUCUAGCUCAGAAUACUUCAGAUCCUGCCAAAGCUGGUUCGACAACUUCCAGCAGUAGUACUGGUAAUAGUAAUACUGUGGUUAGGACAACAGCAACAACGAUUACCAGUGGAACCACUUCAACGACUACCACAAUUAGCACCAGUGCCGUUCACAUUGAAUCCGAUGGUGAUGCCACCACUGGCAACAGUACUUGUAGUCUAUCUGAUGUAAAUACAUGCUCAAAAGAAGAAACCGAUGAUUCUUCGAAGUAAUGUCUCUCCUUUGCCCACCCCCUACCUCCCCGCUUCACUCCCUCAAUCGCCUUCCAGCUUCACCUCGAACUCAGAUAUUCCUCAUUUAAAUAAAGAAGAAGAAGAAGAAGAAACAGAAAGGAAAAACACUGUCAUAAUUGCAAGUGACAAAAACAAGAAUUCUUGCCUGCAAACACAUACACACACAUACAAAUUUACGUAUACUUCAUUCGUUUCUCCUGUUUUCUUUCACACAAAAAAAAACGUGAAAAAAUUAGUUAAAAUGCGAAUUUCUGUUUUGUCCUCUGCUUCUUAUCAUCAUCAUCAUCAUGAUCAUCAUCUUGCAGUGCCCUUUCUCCUUCUGUCUGCUGUCCACAAGGCUUCUAUCAGAAUAACGCCACAUAACUUUUAUACAUUUAGUUGUCUGUGUCUAUGUAAUCCAAUUAUAAUAAUACACAAUGCAUAAAUAUAUUUGAUAAGUUGUAUUCUACUAUUGCAUAAUUCAUGACAGACAACAAUAAAUAAGACAAGUGAACGAGAUACCCUUAUACGUAUAAACAUAUGAUACAUUUGUCAAAAACAAACAAAGAAACAAAUCAAUAAAUAUAUGGACUAUAACUGACUGGUGUUAUACAACAUACACACCAGAAUGCUGAUUUUAUCUUCUUCUUGGUUUACAUCGCAUCGCAUUGCAUCGUAUUCCAUUUUUCCCCUAUUCACUGAACGCUUCUUGUCUUAACGUUUAUCUCAAGAGUUUUGUGCAUUCCCCCAAAUCCUUCUUUUUUUAUUCUUCUCUGGUUAACUGUUUCACUUUCGUGUCGAGUCCUACAACCUCCAUGUAAAUUUCUCUCUCUGCCUGCCUGUUUGUAUACACAUAUACCUAUAUACCUAUAUAUAUAUAUAUAUAUAUAUAUAUAUAUGUAUGAGUAGUAAUCACCAGAUGAAUCGAUUGCCAGUGUUAUUUAUUAUUAUCAUUACUAUUAUUAUUAUUGCUGUUUUUUCUUUCCUACUUUUUUCACCUUUGAACUACAAGGGAACAAACAAGCUGCAUGAAAAUAAUCUGAGUUAAUUUUGAGAAGACAACAGAGGAGUAAUUGAUUAUAAGAACAGUUAUUAUAUUUCAUUUGUGUUCUCUGAAUUGCAGUUGUACAGUUAUACAGAAUUUGAAGUAUAUAAAAAAAAAUAUACAAAUAAUGCAUUUAUAUCCAUGAUACCUAUUUCCAUAAAUAUAUCUUUAUGCGUUUCUUACAUGUUUGCUGUUAUUGCCGUUAAUAAUUAAAUAAUUAUAGUAAAAAU